AUUAGAUCAGUUGUAAAAUUUAACGAAUUCAUCAUGAAUAUAACAUUUCUCUACGUGUUUUUAGCAUCACUGCUUUUGCUUCCAUCGUUUGAUGCAACCUUGUGCAAUGGAAAUGAUGAUUGUGAACCUCACGAAUGCUGUGUGCGAAACAUAUGGGUUAAUUACUGCAGAAGUUAUAAAAAAGAAAAUGAACAUUGUCAUGAAGAAACACCUCUAGUGCAUAAAAAAGAUGACGUUUACUUACUUGCAUGUCCUUGUGCUGAAGGACUGAAGUGCGUACCAGAAAAAACUGUUAAUAUGGAUGGCGAGACCAAACAUCUUUUGCCGAAAUGUAUUGCAGAAUAGUUCUAUUUCAUUUAUACUGUAAUAAAAUUUAUGCGAGUAGAA